CGAUCAAACCAGACCUAGGAACUUCUUCACACUCCGUCCAUACAUACAUCCAUCCAUACACCCAUACAUCCAUCCACCCAUCCUACAGAGACAAGGCUUCCACCCCACGUUUUACGCCUCUUGUGUGCAGCAUUGGUGCGAAUACUCACUAGAAUCAGCGAACCAUCUCAUCACUCUCCUUUUUAAGCUUGCUUUGCUUUCUGCAGAUGAAGAUCAAUUCUGCUACAAACUAUUCGAAUUCGAAUAAACCAUUUGCGCAUGAGUACAACUCAAAAUAACCACUGAAUACUUUUGGGUUUCUCUGUCGCGCCGCGCGAACCGUGAACGGUAAAGGACAAGGUCGAGAAUCACCGACGAGGUCGGAAUACCAGAAAUAUGACGUCUAUAAUUCGAAUGCUUUCGCCGGUUACGGACAGAAAUGGAAAUACAGGUCGAAAAGGUCAAGAUGUAGAGCCUGAACCCGAAAUUACUCCACUGGUGAAGAUGUUACAGAAUGCUGGUCCCAUACGGCCGGACGGAAGUGAUAAAUUCUUUGGUUUAGAAAAUUUCGGAAACACAUGUUAUGCCAAUUCGAUUUUACAGGCGCUAUACUAUUCAGUCCCGUUUAGAGAAAAUGUUGUUAAAUACCCACCGCAUUCCCCUUCUGAUACCCCCAAUGGACAUUUACCAAAAUUAAUCGUUCCCACGAGAGCUCCGCCAACGAACGGAGUGCCAUUGUCGACGGCUAAACCAAAAGGCAUAUCGGCUGCUGAAGCCCUGAAGAGAAGACAAGGUGUGAACUCUGGCCAACCCGGACCUGGCGCAACAGGCAAUCGACCAGAAGACAAGCCAGAUUCGCCUGAAUACAAGAAGAAACACGCGAUGAUGGCAGGCCCGAUAUUAGAAAUCACCACGGAACAUGCGAGUUCAUAUGGCAUGGAGGAAACGACUUUUACAGCCUUGAAGGAUAUAUUUACGGCUAUGAUAUCACAUCCUUCUCGGACAGGUGUUGUAAGCCCCCAAAGGUUCCUGGAAGUUUUCAGAAGAGACAAUGAGAUGUUUCGGACAUCGAUGCACCAAGAUGCUCACGAAUUUUAUGGAUUGAUGCUUAAUGCAGUGAUCAAUAACGUCGAAGACAAUGCCCGACGCCUGAAAGACUCGGUAGCGCUUCAAGAAAAGGAAGGACUCAAUGAUUCAAUGACAGCUGCUGUACGAUCAGUUGCGGAUUCCAUGGGCUUGGCAAGUGGAGCGCAAUCUCCAGGAACAAAAUGGGUUCAUGAUAUAUUUGAAGGAAAGAUGGUCUCGGAAACGAAGUGCUUGACAUGCGAAACUACAUCACAGCGCGAUGAGACAUUCCUGGACCUUUCAAUUGAUUUGGAGAAGAACUCUUCCGUUACGUCUUGUUUGCAAAAGUUUUCGGCGGAGGAAAUGCUAUGCGAGAAGAAUAAAUUCCAUUGCGAUACUUGCGGUGGUUUACAGGAAGCCGAGAAACGUAUGAAGAUCAAAACUUUGCCAAAAGUUUUGGUGCUUCACCUGAAGAGAUUCAAGUGGACUGAUGAUCUAACCCGAUUACAAAAGUUAUUUUACACUGUCAACUAUCCAUAUCAUUUACGCAUGUUCAACACAACUGAUGAUGCGGAGGAUCCUGAUCGACUGUAUGAACUUUACGCCGUGGUGGUACAUAUUGGCACAAACGCCUUUCACGGACAUUAUGUUGCUGUAAUCAAGACUGAGGAUAGAGGUUGGUUACUUUUUGACGACGAGAUGGUAGAACCGGUAGACAAAAGUUUUGUGCGACAAUUCUUUGGGGACAAACCGGGACAAGCUUGCGCCUAUGUGUUGUUCUAUCGAGAAACUACAGUGGAGGCAAUGCGAAGAGAUCAAGAAGCUGAAGGUCUCGAUCUAAUCGCUACUGCUUCUGAAUUAGCAGAUGUUUCAUCGGGGCAGCUUAAACAAAACGGCAUUUCUCUAUCUUCCAACUCGAAACAGGUUUUAGCAACACCUAGCACACCAAUCGAUAGCGACACUAAUGGAUUUGGAUCCCUCGACCAUGCACUAACAGCACCUCUGGUAACUUCGCCUAUUUCGGGCAAUCCGGUUCCAACUCGAGUUCCUUCUUCACCUCUCGAUACCUUCAAGUCUAAAUCUAAAGAAGAAAAGGGGCGAGAAAAGGGGCGAGAAAAGAAAGCCGAGAAAGAAGCCGAGAAAGCGGAAAAGUCUCGAAAGGCUGCUGAAAAGGCCGCUGAAAAGGCUGCAGCUAAAGAGAGAAAGGAAGCUGAAAAGGCAACUAAAGAAGCCGAGAAAGCCAUUAAAGUAGCACAAGAAGCGGAAACGAAAAGGGCUAUUGCUCUCAGCAAACAAACGGAAAUUGAAGAAAUCAGAAGAAGACAAUCGGAAGUCAAUAUCCAAAAGGAUAAUAAUGGGAAUGGCAGCGAGAAGAGUGAUGGUAAGGGAUUUGGUAGUUUAAAUCUGAAUAGAAGUCAUAAAGGAAGCAAGAGUAUGAGUAGAAAGAGUUUUGGAUUUUUAAGUAAGAAUGGAGAGAAGGAAAAGGAGAAGAAUGGGGAAAAGAGUGAAGAAAAUAACAUUAUACCCGAAUCGAGCAACAAUACGGUGGUUGAAGGAACGGCGGGCCCGCAAACACCGGAGAGACAUGAGAAGGUUAAAAAUGCACGAUUUUCGUUUGGAUUGGGACGGAAGAAGAGUAAUAUGUGGAGUCCGACUGUGGAUAAUUAG